AUAUCACUGUAGCCCGAGAUGCUGGUGCCGCCGGAUAUGAUGGCCGCCCAGACGCGCAUGAUUUACCAGCUGAAUCGCUUCUGCGCCGAGCGCGUGCAGGCGCGCAUCUUCAAGACGGCCACGGCCAUACGAGAGAUCUGCAAAAUCGUCCAGGACAUACUCAAGGAGGUGGAGCUGCAGGAGCCGCGCUUCAUCUCCAGCCUGGUCGAGUGCAAUGGCAGAUUCGAGGGCGUCGAGGUGAUCUCACCGAAUGAAUUUGAGAUCGUGCUCUACCUCAACCAGAUGGGCGUCUUCAACUUUGUGGACGACGGCACUUUGCCCGGCUGCGCGGUGCUGAAGCUGAGCGACGGACGCAAGCGCUCGAUGUCGCUGUGGGUGGAGUUCAUCACGGCAUCCGGCUAUCUGUCGUCGCGCAAGAUACGCGCCCGCUUUCAGACGCUGGUGGCGCAGGCGUGCGAUAAGAGCAUCUAUCGGGACAUGGUCAAGAUGAUGGGCGAUACCACCGAGGUGAAGCUGCGCAUCCGGGAGCGCUUUGUGGUGCAAAUAACGCCGGCUUUCAAGUGUUCCGGCAUCUGGCCGAGAUCGGCGGCCCAUUGGCCGAUGCCGCACAUACCCUGGCCGCAUCCCAAUAUUGUGGCCGAGGUCAAGACGGAGGGCUUCGAUCUGCUCUCCAAGGAGAGCAUCGUCAUGCAGAACAAGAACAACAAUGCGGCCAGCAUGGAGGGCGAUGCUUGGGUGCUCAGCUUCUUCGAGGCCGAGAAUCGACUGCUGCAAGGUGGCUGCCGUCGCCGCUGCUUGAGCAUAUUGAAGACACUGCGUGACCGGCAUUUGGAGCUGCCCGGCAAUCCGAUCAGCGCAUAUCAUCUGAAGAAUCUGUUGCUCUACGAGUGCGAGAAGCAUCCGCGUGACUUUGAGUGGGACGAGGGCUGCAUUGCGGACCGUUUGAAUGGGAUAUUCCUGCAGCUAAUCUCCUGCCUGCAAUACCGGCGCUGUCCCCACUAUUUUCUGCCCAGCCUCGACAUGUUCAAGGGCAAAUCCCCCAGCGCCCUGGAGCAGGCCGCCAAGCAAGUCUGGCGUUUGACUCGUGAGAUGCUCACCAAUGCGAAUGCCUUUGAGAAGCUGUAAGAGCAAAAGAGGGAGACAGGGAGAGAGGGAGUAAGAAAGAGAUAGAGCGCGCAAGCAAGCGAUUGUAUGCAUGUGUGUGUGUAUGUGUGAGUGUGUAUGAUUCAAGGUGCUAAAUUUUCAUUGUCACAGCGCGGCGAUUGCGCUGAUCUGAUAAGCGAAAUGCCAUCAUUGGCAGCCAUUUUGUGCCAUGUGUGUGUUUGUGUGCGUGUGUGUGAAUAUGUGUGCAUAGCAACAACAACAACAACAAUAGCAGGCGGCGAAACCCGAAGUGUUAAUGCAAAGAUGCGAGAUAAGCUGCACAUUGCCCACUCCUCAAUUCAAAUUCGCUGCCGCUGCUGCUGCUGCUGCCUUUCCAGUUGCACGCCUGACUGCGCUUAUCCGGCGAAUAUUAUUUUUAAUAACUCGCCGCUGUUCAGAAUUUUCGCAUGCUUCGCCCAAUGGCCAAACACAAUGACAGCAGCAACAACAAGAACAACUGCAGCGAAAUAACAAAGCAAGACAAAACGUAACACAAACAGUUACAGCAACAACAACAACAGCAGCAAGAGUGAAAAGGAGAUACGAAAAAGAGCAUUUGUCGGCUUCGCUUUGCAAGUGUGCUCAAGUGUGAGGCGAAUCCGUUCUCAUUAUCGAAAUUGAGUGCUCACUCCCUUAAGUACUCAAAAUACCAACACAUACGCAGCUGUAUACGAAAAAAACAACUACAUCAACAGCAAAGGAAUACUUCAAUUACACAUAUGUACAUAUACAUAUACAAAGUAUAGCUAUGUACUUACUCUGGAUUUAGAUGUCAAGAUAUUUGUUUGACUAAAAUAAGAAGGCAAAAAACAAUUACAGCCAACAUCUUUUGUAACUGGACA